AUGCGCGGCUCACGUCACACCCGGGAAGCUGAAGACAACACCCAGCAAGAGUGGAAUGAACAGCUGGGUCGUCCCAACACUAACGUAUACUUAAUCUGCCUCCCCCUCACCCCAUCUUUCCUUUCCCCCAGGACGGUGUCGUCAGCGGGGGUCCUGGGCGCCCACCUGCUGUGCUCGCGGGUGCCCGGCCUCACGCCCCGCCAGAGCCGCAUCUGUACGCGUGCCAUGGUGGCCAUCAGUGAAGGUGCGAGGGCGGGCCUGCGAGAGCGCCAGCGGCAGUUCCAGCAUCAUCGGUGGAACUGUUCCCUGGCGUCUACCAGCAGCAGCGCGUUCGGCCACAUCGUUCUUGUGGGGAGCCGCGAGGCCGCCUACACGUACGCGGUGACCAGCGCGGGAGUCACCCACAGCGUCACGACCGCCUGCUCCCGUGGCAACAUCUCCACCUUUGGCUGUGACGACCGCAGGCGAGGGCGGUACAGUUCUUCCGGGUGGAAAUGGGGCGGCUGCAGCGCCGACAUUAGGUUCGGGGUCAGGUUCGCGAGGAAGUUCCUGGACGCCCGCGAGGUGGAGGGGGACGGCCGCGCCCUCAUGAACCUGCACAACAACCGGGCGGGACGCAGGGCGGUGCGGAGCGGGAUGAGGACGGAGUGCAAGUGCCACGGCGUGUCGGGCUCCUGCACCGUCAAGACCUGCUGGAAGACCCUCCCGCCCUUCACCUUCAUCGGGAAGCACCUCUUCCACAAGUACAGGAAGGCCAAGUCCGUCUCGGUGCAUAAGCAUUACAGGAAGCCACUUAUGUCGCCAGUGGUGAGGUGGAACAGCAACGAAAGAUCCACGCCUCACCUGCGUCUGGAGAGGGUCAGGAGAAGAGCUCGACGGCCCCGCAAGUUUCAUCUCGUGUACUUGGAAAGGAGUCCCAACUACUGCCAGAUGAAUCCCGCGGUGGGUUCGCCGGGCACCGUGGGUCGCAAAUGCAACAGAACUUCGUCAGGGCCAGGUGGCUGUGACCUGCUGUGCUGCGGCCGCGGGUACAACACUCACCAGUACACACGCACAUGGCACUGCAACUGCAAGUUUCACUGGUGUUGUUACGUGCAGUGCCACACCUGCAUGGAGGACACCGAGGAGAACAACUGCAAGUGACCGUCCGUAGCGGU